UCCAUACCGCUCGUUGAUCCAAAAACCCUCCCACCAGGACAGGGAAGGCGAAGCUUCCCCAGCUUCAGACAGAGCUUUCGGCACCGGCUCUCUGAUUUGUUGUCCCGGCCCCGGAGGGGGCACGGUGUGGUCAGUUCGGGAGUCCGGUAACAAAAGGGGAAGCAGAAGAGAGGAGCUCGGAGAGUGGCUGGCAGCCCGGGGUUGCUCAGACUGCUUGUGGAAGCUCAGCAGCGGCCGCGCAGGGGCGAGGGGCCCAUGGCUGCGGGCGGCGGGUGAGGGGCGGGCGGAGGGCAGAGUUCCCGGCCGCAUCGGAGGCGAGGAGCGGCCCGGGGUGUCCCAUGGGCGGCCGGGCCAGCCUUGCGUGUCGCAGGAGGGAGCUGCGUCCCCCGUCCUGCCGCCGCUCUGCGCAAGAGGAGGCCGAGACGAUGGUUCAGCCUCAAGAAACAGCUUCAAGGUCUCACACCUUCAAAACGAAGUCUUUUAAGAAAUACAAAGUUUGUGGAAUCUGCAAACAAGUAAUUGAUAGCCAAGGCAUUUCCUGCAGAGUUUGCAAGUAUGCCUGCCACAGGAAGUGUGAAGAAAAGGUGGUGACACCCUGCUUUUUGCCAAACAACUACGAGCUGAAUUCCAGCAGUACUUCGAAGAAUUCCUCUUUCAGUUGUGACAAAGGAUCACGAUUUGUUGCACCAGUAUUUGUCGAAGUUGCUUGGAUUACUUUUGCUGCUUUUCUGCAUUAUCGGUUGCAGGGGUUAUUUUUUCACUAUGGUUUUGAUGUGAAGAACUCUGAUGUUUGGCUGACUCCUUUUGUGGACUGA